AAGGUCGACUUCGCAUUACUGACUAAACUAUAGAAUAAAACUGCGCUGGGUUGUAUCAGCGUAUUAUACACAUUGAAAAUAUCAAUUAUUAAAUUAUAUCAAUUUGUAAUAUUUGUGAAUUUAUAAUCAAAUAUUAUCUUUAAUUAAUCCAGUUUACUUAAUAUCAGAUUUAUUUGGUUCCACCUUCAGUCUUAAGCAGGGCGUCGUGAGCUAGGCGGUGGUGUAUAAAGAGCAACUAAUCAUCUUUGAUGCUAGGACAAAACGGCUACGAACCGGUAGGAGAAGGUCACGGCAAAACGUGGACAGAGGCUGCGAUUUUACAGAACACGUAGCUAAGAUAGAACAACCUCAAGAUGAGUAAGGACAACGAAGCGGACCUAAAGGACGUUGAGCUGAACGACUUGGAGCAGGAGAAGCAGCCCAUGACCGGUGUAGACGCCAGUAACGCGGAUGGGAUUUCUCCGACCGGCACAGAGAAAAACGGCUGCGUCAAGGUGAAGAUCCCGGACGAGGAGGAAUCGAAAUUCACCGGUCUUUCUAAAAAGGAGCUGAUGGAAGUCGCUGGAACUCCGGGGUGGGUCAGGACCCGCUGGGCCCUGCUGGUUCUGUUUUGGCUGGGCUGGGUUGGGAUGUUGGCCGGAGCCAUCGCCAUAAUUGUCCAGGCCCCACGAUGCAAGCCUCUGCCCAAAAUGAAUUGGUGGAACCACGGACCCUUAUACCAGAUCGGGGACCUGGGAUCGUUCACUGAGGAUAAGAACCUUGAGGGAGUGGUGAAAAAGAUUGACAGCCUGAAUCGGCUGAAGGUGAAAGGAUUGAUUCUGGGACCCAUCCAUGAGUCAACAGCCGACCAGUUGCAGGGCCUCAACUUUCUGGAAAUUGACUCUGAGGCGGGUAACCUGAACCAAUUCAAAAGCCUGCUCCAUGCAGCACACAAGAAGGGUAUCUCUGUGGUUUUAGAUCUGACCCCUAACUACAAGGGGAGGGAGCCGUGGUUUGCCAAUGUGAGCAUCGCGGAUGUGGCGGAUAAUCUCAAGCCCGCGCUGAUGUUCUGGCUGGGGCAAGGGGUGGACGGCGUGCUGCUGUCGGGGAUCGACAGCGUGGUCAGCCAGAACCCGUUACAGUGGGCGGACAUCCGAACCAUAGUGCGGAACAACACUCAGGGUGGAAACGGGGCCCUCUUUGGAGUGACAGAGAAGACGUCCGCUGUUGAGGUCAGCAACCUCCUGAACACUUCUGGAGUGGACCUGCUCCUCUCUGGGGUUCUGAGGUCCAGCAGCAACACUGGCGCCGACUGUGCCCAGGCCCUGCAGUUGCUGUACUCUUCUCAGAACCAGAACCAGCUGGCCUGGAACCUGGGUGACCGGGCCCAGGGUCAUAUGGCCUCGGUGGUCGGACCCAACCUGGUCCCGCUUAACCAGAUGCUGCUGUUCACUCUGCCCGGAACACCUGUCUUCAACUAUGGGGACGAGAUCAGACUAGAGGACGGGGAUACAAAGUUUCCUAAGAUGCUGUGGGACUCACAGAAGUCUGCAGAGGAGACCAAUGGCACUGCCAAGCAGGCGAGAGAGAUGUGGCGUGCGUUCUUCCGCACUCUGAGCGACCUGAGGGGGAAGGAGCGCUCCCUCCUGCACGGUGACUUCCUGCUGCUCCACAACUCCACUUCCUCCCUGGCCUACCUGCGCCAGUGGGACCAGAGCGAGCGCUACCUGGCUGCCUUCAACUGGGGCGCGGAGCCCGACACUCUGAACCUUUCCCACCCGGCCCUGCCAGCCCAGGCCACCAUGCGGGUCAGCACCACUGGGCAGCAGUCUGAAAGUCUUGUGAAACUGGCUGCCCUGAAGCUGGAGCCCGGCCAAGCCGUGCUGCUGAGUUUCAAAAUGGAUGGCUGAAGCUGGGGGUGGCCAUGGCAGUUUUAGUGGGUGGGCUUCAAUGCCAUUUCAUUAGGUGUUAGCUUGUGACUACUAGAAUCUAGCAAUGUUACCUCUGUGUUUUGCACUUUUUUCCAAAAUGUGAUCAGGACAUGAGUAUAUUUAACCCUUUAAGAGGUAUGUGUCUGUGAAUGGACAGGUCUGUUUAUUGUAAAAGCUGCUUGU